AAACUUAACAACUUGAAGUUGGAUGCCGAAAAAUGGCAAGAAAAGUCUGACGAAUUGGCUGAACGUAUCAAGGAAUUGGAACAAGAAAACCUUGAGAAGGACCACCAGAUCCAAUCUUUGACCAGAAAGAACCAAGUUUUGGAAGAACAAGUCGAGAAGUUGGAAACCGACUUGGACGAAAUCAAGCAAACCGCGGAUGAAUCGCACUCCUUGAAGACCUCCAACGAAAACUACACCAAGAAGAACCAAGUCUUGGAAGAAGAAUUGGAAGAAGCCGACAAGAACUUGAAGGAAACCACCGAAAAGUUGAGAGAAACCGACAUCAAGGCCGAACAAUUGGAAAGAAAGGUUGCUUCUUUGGAAUCUGAAAAGGAAGAGUGGGAGAAGAAGUUUGAAGAAUUGAGCGAACAAUACAACGCUUCCAAGGCUGAAUUAGAAGAAAUCAGUCAACAAUUAGAAGCCAUCUAA